AGAGAGGCGGUGCCUGGUGGGACACGUGACUGGAAGUUGGGGCGGAGGCGGCCUGGCUUUGGACGCGGCGUGGUGAGCAGCGGCGCCUCGCUCCCUCCUCGUCUCGGGUCUGCGGGAGGAACAAGGCUGUGGUGUGUAGAUUGGGGGCGGCCACCAGGAGGAUGUGGGCCGUGCUCUGGGCCUCCGGCUCGUUCUAGGGGCGCGUGCGGGAGGAGGCUGCAGGCCCUUGGGGACGCGCGGGGAGCGGCGUCGGCGCCUGCGGGUGCUGGAGAGCGCUUGGCGGGCCUCAGGUCCCGGGCCCCGGGGGACGUUUUCCUGCGUCUUCUCCAUCCGAUGAUCUCCGUCGUGUAGCGUUGGGAUCACAGUUCUGAAACUAAGUCCGGGUUAGAACCGUGGCUUCGCCGCUGACUCCCCGAAGGGCGCUACAAAAGUGACCGACCCCCUCUCUGAAAAGCGGGAUGCGUCGCGCUGCCGCUUGCGGCGAGGCUGGCGCGCGGUGGGCCCGCUCCUCUGUCGUGACACUGGUGCACUUGUAACGCUGCCUGCUUCUCGCGUGUCCGAGGGGCUUCGGGAUGGAGAGCUUUUGUCCUUGAGCAUGUUAACCGGCCACAUCGCGUUCCCGUCAGCCUUUGUUAAAGUGAGUAAGGGACAACGCCCAGCAACACGGAUGAGUAGAGGAGGAGGGCAGGACACACUGAGUGUGUGCCCCAGCCUUCAUGAAAGCUGACAGAGAGACCAAGCGCCUCUUUGUGGGUGGCCUUGGCGCAAACAUCUCCGAGGCAGACCUACGAAAUCAGUUCAGCAGAUUUGGAGAAGUGUCUGAUGUGGAGAUCAUCGCACGGAAAGAUGAGCAAGGAAACCUACAGAAAGUUUUUGCAUAUAUCAACAUCAGGGUAGCAGAAGCAGACCUGAAAAAAUGUAUGUCUGUCUUAAAUAAAACAAAAUGGAAGGGUGGCACACUACAAAUUCAGCUAGCAAAAGAAAGUUUUUUGCACAGAUUGGCCCAAGAGAGAGAAGAAGCAAAAGCAAAGAAGGAAAAAUCAAGAACAGGCAACACCAGCUUGUUGGAGAAGAUGGGAGUGGUGGAUUUCCAUGUGAAAGCUGUGCCUGGGACAGAAGUACCAGGUCACAAAAAUUGGGUUGUGAGUAAAUUUGGAAGAGUCUUACCUGUCCUUCACCUAAAGAAUCAACAUAAACGUAAAAUCAUAAAGUAUGAUCCAUCAAAAUACUGCCACAACUUAAAGAAGAUAGGGGAGGAUUUCACAAAUGCCACCCCUAUAUCCAACCUCACUUGGGAACUGGAAGGAGGAAAUGAUCCUAUGAGUAAGAAACGGCGAGGAGAGUUCUCUGACUUUCACAGCCCUCCCAAGAAGAUGAUAACAGUGCGGAAGGAUGAGAGUUCCACUGCAUCUCUGGCUGUGAGACUAAGACCCAGUAGGGUAAUGGAGAGUCUAUCCUCAACACAGCAACAGGCAGCACAGAAAACACCCUGUGAUCUCAUUACUCUGCCUAAAUCACCCCAGGUACCUGAUUCUGAGAGCCAGAAACUUAAACAUGUAUUUUUUCAGACUUCUGGCUUGGAGACCACCAGGAACAGAAAUAACUUGUCUGAUGAUGAUAUCGAUUCUGAAGAUGAAUUAAGACUAAUGAUUGCAAGAGAGGAAAAAGAGAGAGCUAUAUGGUCCUCAGUAAAUAAAUCUGAAGAUGAUCACUUUGAAGUUGUUAGGGAUGAUUUCAAAUCAGAUGUUCACAAACUUCAUUCUUUAUCAGGUUUAGGCAUCAAAAAUAAUGUCUCCUGCCUUGAUAGUGAAGAUGUUUUGAGAAAUGAUAGUGACUGUGAUUCAGGAGAUACAGAUGAAAUCAUUGCAAUGAAAAAAAAUGUCAGGAAGGUCAAAAACAGUACAGAAUUUUCACAAAUGGAAAAGUCUAUACACAAGAAAUCUUUGAAAAAUAGAAAAAACCAUGAGCCUUCUGAUGAUCGUAUUAAAGUACACAAAGGAAAAACCAACAUAGAGCUAGCCAUCAGUCAAGAAGUUAAGCCUCUUGGUUGUAAGUCUCCGUCCGACUUUAGUAGCAGUGAAAAUGCUGAUUCUAUAUCAGAAUCACCUGAGUCUGAAGACGAUGAGGAGUAUAACGCCAUGAUGAGAAACUGUGCACGUGUGAAUCUCACUUUAGGUGAUUUGGAACAGUUGGCUGGCAGUGACCUGGAGGCUCCAAAAGAAGACACUGAGAGCGAUGGCCAGGAAACCACCACCAAGUGUGACAGGGCCUCCAAAAGCUGCAGGACUCCCUGUAGCCUCCACACAGGUCGACAGUGUAUUCAUCCUGGGGAGAUUGUGGCUUCCCUUUUAAAAGAAGACAACACCCAUGGAAAACAGAAACCAAAGGCAAACAACUUAAAGCCAAAAUUCCAGGCUUUCAAGGGAAUAGGCUGUCUCUAUGGAAAGGAAUCAGUGAAAAAAUCCAUGAAAGAGAUCGUUGCCUCUAACAAUAAUACUAAAGAUCAGAAUUGCUUGAAACCUGAGGAUCCUGGUGGCAUAUUCAUGGAACUGGGGCCCCCGUAUGCUAAUGGCUCAUCAGGUGAACUGACUCCUUUCCAACAUGCAAAGGCGGCAAAUGAUCCAACCCAUAUUCAACCUCAAAAGAGCCAGGAUCACAAGGUGGUGUCCCCUAACAGUUCAGAAGAGAGAAGUGGAAAUCCUGUUUCUAGUCUUUUGCCAUUAACAGGUAAGAAAUCUUUAAGUCUUGGUGCAAAGACUCCAAAGAUAGGCUCUGAGGAAGACUGUUGCCACAGGACGGCAAAGACAGGAGAGGGCUCCAGAAAGAGGCCAGAUCUGAGCAGCCGCACAGCCCCUGAGACAUGGCCUGAGGCCGCCUCCAGGAGGGACACUCAAGGAAGCAAAACUGACCCCGCACUUUCUGUUAAAAGUCCAUCCAGUGUUAAUGCUAAGGAUAAGCAUGCUGAAGACAAUCAAAAGCGUUUGGCAGCCUUAGCGGCGAGGCAGCAAGCAAGAGAAGCACAAAAGCAGCUGGUUCACGAUGCUCUGGCAAACGUGGAUGGUCAUCCAGAGGACAAGCCAACACACAUCAUCUUUGGUUCAGACAGUGACAGUGAAACAGAGGAGGCAUCCACUCAGGAGCAAAGCCAUCUGGGGAUGGAACCAGUGAAAGAGUCCGUGGGUAGAGCAUCUGGGAAGCUGUUUGACAGCAGCGACGAUGAGGAAUCUGGUUCCGAAGAUGAUAGUAACAGGUUCAGAAUUAAACCUCAGUUUGAGGGCAGAGCUGGACAGAAGCUCAUGCAUUUGCAGUCUCACUUUGGCACUGAUGACAGAUUUCGCAUGGACUCCCGAUUUCUAGAAAGUGACAGUGAAGAGGAACAGGAAGAGAUAAAUGAAAAGAAAACUGCCGAGGAAGAAGAGCUUGCUGCAGAGAAGUUGAAAGCCCUAAAUGUUGUGCAGAGUGUUUUGCACAUCAACUUCAGCAAUUCUGUGAGCAAAGGAUCGGGAGCUGCUAAGAAAUUUAAGGACAUCAUACGUUAUGAUCCAACACGGCAUGACCAUGCCACUUAUGAAAGAAAGAGAGAUGAUAAACCAAAAGAAAGUAAAGCAAAACGGAAGAAGAAAAGGGAGGAAACUGAGAAGCUACCUGAAGUGUCUAAAGAAAUGUAUUAUAACAUUGCUACGGAUUUAAAAGACAUAUUCCAAACUACAAAAGAUGCCAGUGCAAAGGAGGAUGCCGUGCCCUGGAACGAGGACUGUGGUGGGGAGAAGCCUGAGGAAGUCCAUGACCCUGCAGCUCUGACCACUGGGGCUGAACAGCCCGGUGGAUUCACUUUCUCCUUUUUUGAUGCAGACUCUAAAGAUGUAAAGGAAGAGACCUAUAGUGUUGAGACACUGAAGCCUGGUAAGAUUGCCUGGCAGGGAGCCCCUCGUUUCCAAGACAGCAGUUCAGAAGAGGACAAUGUUACUGAAGAAACAGAUGAGACAAAGCCCAGCCCUGGAGAAGUAUCAUUACCUGAGAAAGAGACUACUAGAUUUUUCUUUUUCUCUAAGAAUGAUGAAAGACUUCACGGUUCUGCCUUAUUCUGGAGAGGAGUGGGAAGUAAUAUUAGCAGUAGUUCUUGGGAGGCCAGAACAAACAACUUGCGUAUGGAUUGUCAGAAGAAACAUAAAGAUGCCAAAAGGAGAGUGAAACCAAAAUCCUAAGUGUCAGUAUUGAUAUGGAAUGUGAACAACGCUCACCAUGGAAAUUGAAUGAUCCAGAAAAUUUUAGCUGAGAAAGAACAAUCAGAGUGAAGGACUGUUCAGAAUCUGGCUGGUGGAUACUCCAUUCUGGUUGCUGUCUUUUUCUAUGGAUUUCCUCUGUCUGUCUUCCUAAGCAAUUACUUCAAAAAAUUAAACUGAACUUUUUUUUAAAUGAAGCACAAGAUAGUCCCUCAAAAUACUUUUGUAUAUAAUCUCUGUGCCUUCCAUCCUCAGUUACUAAUUGGCAUCUUCUGAUGCAAGGUUUACAUAAAGCCUUUUAAAAUAUA